AUGACCUCCUACAAGGAGAAGAAUACACAGAAAAUUCCCACAAACAAAUAUUCUCUCAUAGUUUUCAUAUUUCCUAUUUCGGAUCCAGACGGCGUUUUUAUUCUGCUGCUUUUGGGAGAAGUUCUAAUUCUCCCAUCAGCGAGUGACGUCCAAGUUCCAUCUAAUAGUCCCAGCGAUGUUGAUUGGUAUGGCAUGGGAUUUGAUAAUAUAACAUAUAGCUUCAAGAUUGUUCGUGUUUCCACCAAUAAAAAAGAUUACUUGGCGGCCGAAGUUCUUGUAUUGGGGACAAGCUCAUGGCGGAAAUUACCUACAGUUCCUCCUUGCAUUCCAACCUGCAAGUCCGCAUAUGCACAUGGAGACAUGCAUUGGUUGGUCCAUGGAGAUGAUGGAUCGUCCGUACGUAUACUUUCUUUUGACUUUCAAAAGGAAGAGUUCUAUUUAACACCUCCUCCCACCUCCUUGGGUAAAAAUCCAGAUCUCUGGAAAUUUCUUCACUUGCUUAAUUUCAAGGGAUCUUUGGCCCUAGUGAAUGUUUCUUCACUUAAAGAUAGACAUAUGAAGAUAUGGGGAAGAAAAUCUGUUGAGAUAUGGGGAUUGAAAAAUUACGAUAACAAAGCGUGGGUGCUAAAUUAUAAAUUAGAUUUGAAACAAGAUCUUUUUUCACCUUUGAAGCCUACUAGUCUUUCUAAUUGUGGCGAAUGGGAGCACGGCAUAUUUUUCAAUGACGAGAGUGAUUGCAGUACAGAUACAUUCUUUGUGGAUCUAAGAUGUAUUUCUAUGAAGUGUGUACUACUCGAAGGUAAAAUGGCAAUCCAUAGUUGUACGGACAGCAUGAUUUCUCUAAAGAAUUAUGGAGAUUUGGUUGAAGCAGAAGAAGAACCAAAAAGGGAAAAAAAUGAUAUUACUGAAUUCCCCAUGUCUCGAAGAACUUGGAAUAAUCUGAUUAAUGCUGCAGAAGUAAGCGAGAGAGAUUUGCUUUACUUGAAAACACAGACGAAGGCCAGACGUAUUUCUUGCAAUGAGAAGGACUUAUUUUAUUAA